UGAAUAAUAGUCUACCGUGUGCCUCCAAACUGAAACUGCAAGUGCAACGCUAUGGGGAGAGGAAAAGGAGGGAAGAAGAGUCGCACUCAAAGAAAGCAUUUCCAAGAGAGCAGAGAAAAUGUAUGGAACUCCAAACGUCCUAGAUCAGAUUCAGAUCCUAUUCCUUUCUCUAACCCCUUCGCUACUCAGAACCUCGCUUUCGAUCACUAUUACAAGGAUCAGGGAAUCGUAUCAUCGCAAGAAUGGGACGCAUUCGUGCAACUUCUCCGAACUCCUUUGCCCGCAGCUUUCAGGAUCAAUUCCACUAGCCGGUUCUGUGCGGAUAUUCGGUCUCAACUAGAGAAUGAUUUUGUGCACUCUCUUCAGGCUGAGGUUGCGGAAGGGGAUGAUACAGAGGCUAUUUUACCUUUGCCAUGGUAUCCUGAUAAUCUUGCUUGGCAUUCGAAUUUUUCGCGUAAGCAGCUCAGGAAGAACCAAACACUCGGGAGGUUUCAUGAAUUCUUAAAGAUAGAAAAUGAAAUUGGAAAUAUUACAAGACAGGAAGCUGUCAGCAUGGUACCUCCCCUGUUUUUGGAUGUACAUUCAAAUCAUUUUGUACUUGAUAUGUGUGCAGCGCCAGGUUCAAAAACAUUUCAAUUGCUUGAGAUUUUACAUCAUUCAACUAAAGUAGGAUCUCUGCCCGAUGGAAUGGUUAUAGCAAAUGAUCUAGAUAUCCAAAGAUGCAAUCUUCUCAUUCACCAAACCAAACGGAUGUGCACAUCCAACCUGAUUGUCACCAAUCAUGAAGCUCAACACUUCCCAGGAUGUCUCUUAGAAAAACAUUAUGAUAAAAUGGAGCUAGAUCAAGAAGCCCAGUUAUUAUUUGAUCGUGUUCUGUGUGAUGUCCCAUGCAGUGGAGAUGGCACCCUUCGUAAGGCCCCUGAUCUGUGGAGGAAAUGGAACACAGGGACUGGAAAUGGCCUUCAUAACCUACAAGUUCUAAUUGCAAUGCGAGGUGUAUCUUUACUUAAAGUUGGUGGAAGGAUGAUUUAUUCAACAUGCUCAAUGAAUCCUAUUGAGAAUGAAGCGGUUGUUGCAGAGGUAAUCAGCCCUGAAAGCUCUGAAAUUAUAUUUCUUGCCAGCUAUGCUAUCUAGCUUGUCCAGUUAUGGGCUUUCUAUUGAAGUGUUCUAUUUUCAUUUCAUGUUUUAUAUGUAUAAUUUGUUCCUUCAUUGAUGCGGCCCUUACCCCUCUAUCAUGGAUCAAU